AUGAUUGAUUGAUGCUAAUUGAUUACUUGAGAGCAAGACAUCUGGUUAGUGAGUAGUGUCGUGGCGGAGUAUCAGCACGAAACGAUUGGUUCAGAGAAGCAAACGGUGAAGCAUUAAUUGAUUACAUCGUCAUUAAAACAAAGGUGCUAUCCUUAGUUCUGAGAAUAAGGGCUUCUCUGAUUGUGAACUGUACAUGAUUUUUGGAAGAUAUAACGGUGACGUGUGAAAAUUGUAUAUACGCUGCUUAAUACUUCAUAGAUAUGAGCUUGGUUGAUAAAAUAACAGGCAAUGUGGCGUGAAAGAACUAAUAAUAUGAGAAUCUUGCACGUAUGAUCGUAACUGUAUACGUCUGUAUUGGUCUAAGAACUAUGGUAAGGGUGCAUAGGACUCUCUUGCAGUCACUACAAUUUUGCUACAAGAACUUGUCUUGAACUUUUCCAAAAUCAACUGCAAAUUGUCGUUUUCGAGCUGAUUAAUACCGCACGUCGUUACUGUAAUUUUUCGAACGGCUGCACUGAGUGCGGGUUCUUUAGAAUUCAUUCGCCAUUGGACGAGAACCACGUGAUUCGCACUGAUUGCAACCACUGAAAAGAUUGUUCGGAAAAUCAGUGCGGAAAAUGCUGUAAGUCAGCAGACGACGCGAAGAUUCACGUGUAGAUACCGGCGUCCGCAGCAGCGGGUCGUAAUUUCCCCGGAUUAUGGCUUUAGUAAAACAAACAGGUCCGUUGCCUACAGACGCCGUGGCUUUGAACAAAAACGAAGCUUUGCGAUAUCAAGUCGACAUGCUGCGGCACUGGCCGAACCAAUUAGAGGUAUGGCCGCUUCGCAGUGGAAUUGGCAUUCUUAGUAUUACUGCUGCAGUAGCUGGUAUUUACGUCAAUGCCCAUUAUAGAAGAAAAAUGAAAUUGAUGAAAAUUGGAAGUGCAGCUACCUAUUUGCCCAUUAUUGUGUUGCCUGGUAUAGCAGCUACCUUCGCACACAAACUGUUCGUCACAAGGGAUAUACUUCUCGAAAGAAAGAAGUGCCUACUGUGCCUUGAGACAAGAGCAGCCUUGCUGCAAUUUACAGUCGGCUUUCUCUAUCCAAUGACGCUAGGUCCAAUGGGAAGUGUUUUGCUUGCGACGCGAUAUGCGACUUACAGACUGCCUAAUAUAACGAACGAUUUUUGGGGUCUGAUAUCAGUCCUGAGAAAAUUUACUCGUCCAAUCAAUCUGCAACUAUCAAUUAUAGCAAUUGGACAAUUAUUUUUAGGAUUGUGUAUGACUCGAUUGGAAAUAAAGUCUUACUACAACGUGAAGCAACAACUGUUGGAAGCUGAGAAAGUUUAUGAUAACAGUCCAUUUGUUUAACGACAAUAAGCAAUCAUAGGUGAAUGCAACUCGCAUUGUUGCCAUGCUCUUAUCCUCUGUAAUACAUGUACCCAGAUCACUUGGGUAUAGUUUUUUUAUUACAUAUAUGUACUUCGGUAGUAUUCGAGUGUGUGUGAGAAUAUUCGGUCGCAAAUGUUCACUGUGUACAAAUAUCCCUCAAAGCGAAUGUUGAAGCAUGCGACGAGAAGACUCAGGUGGGCUAUGGCAUUUGUAAAUUAUAAAGAUUGAUAGUCUAAAUAAAUUGUACUAUAUGAUAUAGAAAA